AUGUUGGAAAUUGAAAAUCUUAAUUUUAUAAAAAAAAUAGGAACUGGAGCUUUUGGCAAAGUAUUCCUUGUCUCUUUAAAUCAAAAAAAACCAGUAUUUUUUGCAGUUAAAAUACUUAGUAAAAGAAAAAUUUUAAAAAUGCGACAAGCUGACCAAUUGGAAAAUGAAAUAAAAGCUCUUCGUACAGUAAACGGCCACGCAUUUAUUACUAAACUUGUUAGUAUUGUUAGAGAUUCAAAAGUUAUUGGGCUAGUUAUGGACUAUAUUAGCGGUGGUGAACUUUUUUAUUGGCUUAGAAGGUUAAGAAGAUUUUCAGAAUAUGCUACACUAUUUUAUGCUUCUGAAAUUUUACUAGCACUUGAAUUUAUUCAUAAGAAGGGACUUUUAUAUCGAGAUCUUAAGCCAGAAAAUAUUUUAUUGACACCAUCUGGACAUAUAAAAUUAACAGAUUUUGGAUUUGCUGUUAAAGACACUGAAAAAACACACGUUAUUUCUGGAACACCCGAAUAUAUGUCACCCGAAAAAUUAUUGAAUGAAGAUGAUGGCGUAGAAAGUGAUUAUUGGUCCUUUGGUGUAAUUUUAUUUGAAAUGUUUACUGGUGAUCCUCCUUUUUUUGAUGUUGAUACCAACAGAAUUUACAGAAAAAUAUUAGAAACUGAUAUUUAUAUUCCAAAAUAUGUUAGCUAUGCUGCCGCCGAUUUAUUGAGCAGAUUGCUUCGAAAAAAAAGACAAGAAAGGUUGGGUUAUUGGGGAUUUGAAGAUAUCAAAAGGCAUGUUUUUUUUAAUACUGUUGAUUGGUUAAAUGUUGAAAAUAAUGGCCUUAUUCCACCAAUAAAGCCUAGUGCAUUUGAAUCAUCUGAUUAUGAAUAUGUAGACGAUAAUGAAAAAUAUGAUCAUUUUGAUGACUAUGUACAUAAAAAGCCUUAUGAUUAUAUAAAAUUUUAUCAAUAA